AGACUAUUAGAAUUAAUGCACCUCAAAUCUAAAGAUACAAAACCCUCCUACAGAAAAGUAUUUCGUGUAUAUAUAUAACACAAACUAUUGGCAAUAACAUUAUAGGAGUUGAAUAACAUUUUCUUUCGUGAAAAUGGCGUCUGUCAAGAAACUGUUCCUCCAAAUUCUGUGGUGUUUUUCCUUAAUCAGUCUUAGUUCCCAAACACGGAGCCAUUACAGUUUUGUUGUGAGAGAAGCCCAAUAUACAAGACUCUGUUCCACAAAAAACAUAUUAACUGUGAAUGGAAAUUUUCCAGGACCAACUAUCAAAGUCCACCGAGGAGAGACAAUCUUUGUUGAUGUUUACAACAAGGGCAAUUACAAUAUUACUUUACAUUGGCAUGGAGUGAAGCAGCCAAGGAAUCCAUGGACAGAUGGUCCUGCAUACAUCACUCAGUGCCCCAUUCAACCAGGAAAGAAAUUCAGACAAAAGUUGGUUUUUUCUUUUGAGGAAGGAACCAUAUGGUGGCAUGCUCAUAAUAACUGGAUAAGAGCCACUGUCUAUGGUGCUAUCUAUAUCUAUCCAACCAAGAAUACUCCUCUACCUUUUCCAAAACCUGAUGCUGAGAUUCCCAUCAUAUUUGGAGAAUGGUGGCUGAAUGAUGUCAACGAGGUCUUCAGACAAUCUAUGGAAACUGGAGCAGCUCCAAAUAUAUCUGAUGCUCUCACUAUAAAUGGUCAACCUGGGGAUCUGUUCCCUUGCUCAAUGCCAGAAACGUUCAAGUUAAAUGUAGAGCAAGGCAAGACUUAUCACCUCCGUGUUGUUAACUCGGCAAUGAAUCUCAUCCUCUUCUUCUCUGUUUCCCAACAUAAUCUCACUGUUGUUGGUGCUGAUGGAAUGUACACGAAGCCAUUGACAAGGGAUUUCAUUUGCAUUUCACCGGGACAAACAAUGGAUGUACUGUUGCAUGCCAACCAAGAACCUAAUCAUUAUUAUCUUGCUGCAAGGGCAUAUUCAACUGGGGUUGGUGUUGCCUUUGAUAACACCACAACCACUGCUAGAGUAGAGUACAGUGGCAAUUACACUCCACCUUCUUCUCCUUCAUUGCCUUCCCUUCCCGACUUCAAUGACACACAAGCAGCUUUUGGCUUCAUUACAAGCCUGAGAAGCUCACCUACUAGAUGCCCCGUACCGGUCCCAAUAAAUAUCACAACUCAAAUAGUGACAACUAUUUCUGUUAACACUUUGCCAUGCCCCAAUGGCAGAACCUGCUUGGGACCAAAUGGAACCAUUUUCGCCGCUAGCAUGAACAACAUAAGUUUCCAAAUCCCCAGCAUUGACAUACUAAAAGCCUACUACUACCACAUAAAUGGGGUAUUCAAAACGGGAUUUCCAAGGUUUCCACCUUUUCUAUUUAACUUCACUGCAGACUCUUUGCCUCUAACCCUGAAUAUACCAAAGCAAGGGACUAAGGUUAGUGUGCUGAACUAUGGUGCAACGGUUGAAAUUGUUUUCCAAGGGACAAAUAUUGUUGGAGGGAUAGACCAUCCUAUCCAUCUCCAUGGGUUCAGUUUCUAUGUUGUUGGAUAUGGGUUAGGCAAUUUUAACCGAAGCAGGGACCCCAUGAAUUUCAAUCUCGUUGAUCCUCCUUAUGUGAAUACUGUGAUUGUGCCUAUUAAUGGCUGGGCUGCCAUUAGGUUCGUGGCUAACAACCCCGGAGUUUGGUUUAUGCACUGUCAUCUUGAACGGCACCAAUCAUGGGGCAUGGAUACGGUGUUCAUUGUGAAGAAUGGAAAGUAUUCAAAUCAGACAUUGCCCCCACCACCACCAGACAUGCCCCCAUGUUGAAGAAUAUUUUGGACUUUCCCUCUUUUGUGAACUUUGAUUCAUUGAAAACAAUAAGUUACGCAAUUUGUUUUACCUUUUCUUUUAACAAGGCAUGUAUUGCAAAUUUGGAGAAAAAAGUUCUCCGUGUACUCGCUAUUUAAUUUGUCAAUUGUCAUAAUUUAAUUGUUCUUUUUAUUA